UCGGUUAGCCGGGAGUGUUUAGUUUGUCAAUUUGUUUCUGUACUCUUGCGAGUUAGCUAAGUGCUUUUCUCCGUACCGUCCGACGUUAUAGUUCAGUGAGUUCAGCUUACCACCUCCCCGGCGGGGAAAAUCAAGUUGUCACAUCCGGCCGUGACAUCGCCUCUGAAGUGCAGAGGAACGUUUCGGCUCGUGAAUGAAUACAACAAUCGCAUAAAUUGGCUCUAAUAUUCGUGUGAUUUAUUUAUUAAUCUUUUUUCGGCCGCUGGCCAGUCGAUCGAUACGGGUCGGAGUCCAAUUAAGUGUGCAGCAGUUUUUAUUCUGGACGCAGUGACAACGCGGAAAGCCAUUACGGGACGACGCGAAUGAAAAAUAUAAUUGAGGACCAAUAAAAAAUUCUAAAUUAUAAAUAGUUUUUCAGCGUUUUCAGAGUUUUAAAAUGGGACCCAAAAAAGGCAAAGGAAGCACGGUCAUCGAUGGUGUCGACACGUCCAGCAUGUCCCGGGAGCAGCUGGAGCAGUUUGCGCUCCGGCUGCGGAACGAGAUGGAACGGGAACGCGAGGAGCGUAACUUCUUCCAGCUGGAACGGGACAAGCUGCGUACGUUCUGGGAGAUUACGCGGAAGCAGCUGGAGGAGGCGAAAGCGGUGAUUCGCAGUAAGGAGCGCGAUGUCGAGGUGGCCCAGGAGCUGGCCGAUCAGGAUACGAAGAAUGUGAUGCAGGAGAUGAAGCAUCUGCAGUACGAGCAUCAGUCGCACGUUGGUGAAAUGAAGGCGGAGAUGAUGACGCAGCUAAAGAUGUCACAGGAGGAUCAUGCCAUGCAGGAGCGGGAUCUGUUGAAUGAUAAGCGGGAGCUGCGGAGGUUGCUUAGGGAGCAGGAGGAGAAUGGGGAGCUUGAGGUUCAACAGCUGAAACUGAAGCAUAGUGAACUACUCAGCCAGGAGCGGUCACAGUUCAAGAAAGAGAUCGAAGCGAUGACGAAGCUGUACGAGCAGAAACUGCAAAGUUACAAGGAGGAAGCAGAAAUUCGGCACGAGAUGGAGCUGUCAGAAGUAGAAGAACGUAAGAAUGCUCAAAUCUCCGAACUGAUUCAGACGAACGAGGAUGCCUACAAGGAGAUGAAGGGCUAUUAUAAUGACAUCACAUUGAACAAUUUGGCGCUUAUCAAUAGCAUGAAAGAACAGAUGGAAGAGAUGAGAAUUCAAGUUGAUAAGGAUAUGAAGAAUCACGCGGAGGUGAUGGCGGAGAACCGCAAACUAGUAGAACCAUUGAAGCAAGCACGAACCGAGUUGAUUGAACUGCGCAAGAAGCUGCAGUACUACGACCGCGACAAGGCUACCCUGAAUCGAGUCAAGACACGACUUAGCAGCACGCAGAAGCAGCUAAGCAGCUUGAAGCUCGAAUCGGACGUACUGCAGAUGCGAUGCGAGAAGCUGGCCGAAGAGCGCGAUCAGCUGAAGAGCAUGUUUGAGAAGUCGAUUCUUGAGUUGCAGCAAAAGUCCGGCUUAAAGAACUCCCUCCUGGAGCGUAAAUUGGAGUACAUCGAAAAGCAAACCGAACAACGCGAGGCUAUUCUCGGUGAAGUCCUAUCACUAGCGGGAAUCGAACCGCAGUCUUUGAGCAUUCGAAUCGAGAAAUUGCUGGUUCAGAAAAACGACAAAAUUCAGGAUUUGCGGUACGAGUUUGCCAGAGUGAGCAAAAUGUAUGACGAUCUGCUGUCGCUGAUAGAGUCCAAGUUGUCCAAAUUCGGAAUCACGCUGAAAGAUCUGGAGCUGAGCAAUUUGCAGAUGGAUAAGUAGUAAUAAAUUAUAAUAGAUUUUUCAAUUUUGUUUUCGCAU